AAAACAGCAACCGAUGUUUGUUGGCAAGGCGGAUAGAAAGUGAAAAAACAGCAAAGAAUCGGCGAGUUCUGAACAUAACAGCGUGAUUUUUAAAAGUGCAUAUUUAUGUUAAACGGGUAAGGAGUAUUUCAAGCUCAUCCAAAAGGAGUAAGAGUUUCAAAAAUUACUUGCACUGUGCUUGUUUCGCCAGCACUUUCAACAAAAAUGAAAACGUCGUCGGCGGUGGUCGUACUGGUCAGUUUUCUUGUACUGCCAUGUGUCAUAUGUUUGACGCUGGAAGAAGAAAUACCAAGUAACUCUUUGAUUGUUACAUUUAAGGAAGUUGACCUUGAACAAUGGACUGAAGACGGUUCCAGUUCUUUGUUCCGUACCGUUGUAGCCAACAUUACCAACACUUACUGCAAAUUACGUUUAGCAGAUUGCUCGCUACAGAGUUACCAUCCAAACAAUUCAUUUACAGUUCAUGAUGUGAUGAUUACUGCUGGAUUUCCCAGGGAUAUCAAAGGGAAUGACCUUGAAGUCAAGUUUUAUGUGAUAAUUCCAAGUGGCUCUGACAUCACAGUGGCCAGUACAGACAAUGUUAUCGCAUAUGAUACAUUAAAAAGUAUAAUAAUGUCAAACGAGGAAAUGAUUGAACAGCAAUUAGGUUAUACAGUUAUGUAUAUUGGAGACACAUUAGUACUACCACCCAUAGACCAUACCAUGAAUGUUAUAAUGAUACCCAUAUCAUUUGCACUCCUGGUUAUCGUCAUUGUUGUCGCUAUCGGUCUACAGUUGCAUGAAAAGCGUAGAGAUAAAGAAUUACAUAAAGCCAGAAAAGCUAGGCGAAGCAAGAUCAGUCCAACCCCUGAGAAUACUGAAGAUGGUUACCCAAUGAAAACAGUUGCCGCGGCAACCAACGGUGAACAGUCAGCAUAUCAUGAGAAAACGAAAAGCGAGAAGAAAAAGAAAAAGAAGAGAAAUGAUGAGAGAAGCGGUGAUGACAACAAGGGAUAUGCGGCGACACCAAACGACUACAACAUUAAACCCAAUGACCAGUCGACCAUGAAGAGUGAUAAAAACUAUGAUGAGAAUCUCGAUGGCUACCAUGGUAGUAAACGGUACGACGAGGAGGACAAGUGGGAUAGAUCCGAGUCAAAGCGAUCAAGCCGAAAAUAUGAUGAUGCUUAUGACAGCAUGGAAGAUACCGGUCGUAGUAGGAGACACCAUAAGAAGAAAAGGAAGCAUCGAAGACACAGAGACGGGAGUUCAGAAAAUGACACAGAUUUUAAACCACCCAGUCACUUACCUCCUAUGGAUGAACCAAUCAAGCGCCAUACAACGGAAAUUUAAAUUUCUUCAAAUGUGAUAAAAUACCUUUAAUUUCUAUGACUGUGAAAUAAUUACAAGGACCAAGUGUUGCACAACUAUGAGGGACUACUUUUGUCUAGGGUGUAAUUAGGAGUUAAAUCACGAUUAGACAAACAAACAGACAGACAGACAGACGGACGGGCGGACGGACAGACAGACAGAUGAUCAAAAAUACAGAAAAAUUUAACAGUAAUAACAUUUUUUACUGAAAUUGUAAAUAGUUAUAAUCCUUUAUAGUAUUUCAACCACAAAUAAUGUGAAUGCAUUGCCAUAGUAACACAUAAAGAUGUUUUAGACAUAAAUUAUAUUGCAAUACUAGGAAGUAAUUAAUUCAUUGUAAUUAUUUUGUAAUAAUUUGUAAAUACGCAGAUAACGAAUAUAUGGAGGAGGGGUGUGAAUGUUUGUGAAUUUGACAAAUAUUUUA